UCCAUAGCAACAGACACGGCCACACUUCUCAACAAACAACACCUACUCUCUGCAACUCGUAACCAUCUUACGGAAGAACAAAUUGGUGUUUUAUGUUUAAGUCGUCUGUGAGGAAUCAUAUUCAGAAAUAACCAUAACUUUCAGCAAGUGCAUUUAAAACAGUAGGGCAAACCCGAAUGGAAAUGUAAACAGUAUCCCGCAGGUAUUUCUUCAGAACGCAAGUUGUAGCUGAAUGUUUUUGCAUGUGUGCGGUGGACAGUGUGGUACUGGUACUCUCAUAAUUGUGAAGAACAGCUAGUAACUGUAAGCAGAGAAAACAUGGUCCGUCUGAACGUGGAUCUGAUUGCUAAAAGCAGCAUUCACAUAAAGAACAGAAGGGAUGAGCCACUGGGGCAGUAUCUGAAGAAACUUACUCACCUGAAUUUUUCUAACAAGAACAUUGAAAACAUUGAUGAUCUCUCCUUGUGCAGAAAACUCACUGUUUUGUACUUGUAUGAUAAUCAAAUAACGCAGAUCUGCAACUUGAGUUUUGCUUCGAAUCUCACACACCUGUACUUACAGAACAAUAACAUAACACACAUAGAAAACCUGUCGUCACUACAGAGGCUGUCCAAGUUGUACCUUGGAGGUAACUGCAUCACUGUAGUGGAAGGGCUGGAAGGGCUAGAAGAACUGCAGGAGCUGCACAUUGAGAGUCAACGACUUCCCCUUGGAGAGAAGCUCCUGUUUGAUCCCAGGACCCUCCACUCGCUCUCAAAAUCUUUGUCAGUUUUUAAUGUCAGAAACAACUGCAUUGACGACAUAAAAGAAUUGGCCAUUCUGCAGAACAUAACUCAAUUUUUUGGUGAAGAUAAUAAGAUUCAGAAUUUGAAGGAGUUAGAAUUGGUUUUUAGCCAAUGGCCUUUACUCUGGCGGAUGGAUUUGAGCAGAAACCCUGUGUGUAAUAAACCAAAGUACAGAGACACAAUUAUAAUGAUGUGCAAAACUCUUGAGGUUCUUGAUGGGAAGGAUAUAAAUGAAACAUCUAGACAGUUUCUUAUGAACUGGAAAGCUUCAAAAGAAGCCAAGAAGAGAAGCAAGGAUGAAAGACUAAGAAGCGCACCUGGAGCCUUCUCAAAUCCUGUUGAGUUUCAAAUUGGUAAACCACGUGUUCCGAGGAAGCAUUUAGAGUUUGUUUUGGAUAAGGCACACAACCUGCCCAGUUCUGUUGAGGACCAGGGUGUAAAACGGCCUUUACCAGGGAGAGUGGAUCGCAGACAAAUCCAUGGCAAUGAAUUAAGACAUCUGAGUUUGAAGACGCCCCAGUUUGCACUUGCAGUGCAGGAUGUAUCUGAGACCCUCACUCCUCACUCAAGUGUCCCUGUGACCACUUUCAAGACCGCAGAUGUACGUUUUAAUUAGAUUAGUGUAUUGUUUAAGGAAUAGAACACAAAAUUCUUAUUAUUUUCUUAUUAUCCUCAAGAUUUUAUUAUGACUGUCUUGGAAAUAAAACUUUUAAAAAGUAUGUAUGGUCAUCUAAACUGCUCAACUUCUCUUUUAAGUUCAAGAACAGCCUUGUUCUUUAAUGAUGGGAACCAUGAAUAAGCAACCACAAAGGUUCAGUCCCUUCAGUGACCUGGUAAUUCUGGUCUCAUUGUAAAGGCAUAAGUCAGUGCUCUAAAUUUCACUCAAUACUGUUAACCCCCUUUUAUCAGUGUGCCAUUAAAUUGUCUUAACUGUUGCUAAUUUAAAUGGCUGCUAAUUGUGAAAUGCACUGUCUAUUACAUUAUAAACCAAUUUUGCUAUUUUGUCUUUCAUUGCAAAAAUGUAUGCUGUUUAUUUUAUUUUUUUUAAACUUAAGAAGAGGCUGUGUAAGUAAAUGGGAUUACAGUUUCUUAAAAACACAAAAUUCCUUGGCAUUUACUCAAUGAUGGAUUUGCCUUGUGUCUGCGGGUUCUGCUGCAAAGGAAUAAAAAAAAAAUGGAGAGACAUAAUUAAUUUAUUAUGACAUUUGCCUUGUUAAUGUAAUAUUAUGUUUUGAAAUUAUAUCGUUACUCAUGUUUAAGAAACUUGAAACACUGUCUCAGAUUGCUCACAUGAACUUUGUUUAUGUUAUUAAUAAAUCCUAAAAUUGACUUUCUGAGCGAUGGAUGCUAUCAAAAGACAAAGCUUUUCUUCCCAUUCCAGAUGUUUAAAGAUGAAUGACUGAGAUGUGAUAAUCCAGAUGUAGUGGUUAACAUUAAACCGUUUAUGCACAGCAUACCUGCUUAAUUCGGACUGCUUAAGUGCUAAACUUUUAAAAAACAGAUGUCCUGAAACAGAGGUUUUUUGGUUGUUUUUUGACAGUGAAUUGUAUUAAAAUCUAAUAUUCCUUCUGACAGUUAAUUAUUACAUGUGAUUUAAGCACAUUCUACAAAAAUAAACUUAAAA